AUGAAGCUGUGGAUUCAUCUCUUAUAUUCAUCUCUCCUUGCCUGCAUAUCUUCACAGUCCCAAACUCCAAUGUCCUCGACCAGAGGUUCUUGUGAUUCUCUUUGCAAUUGUGAGGAAAAAGAUGGCACAAUGCUAAUAAAUUGUGAAGAAAAAGGUAUCAAGAAGUUAUCCCAAAUAAGUGUACCACCAUCACGACCUUUCCACCUAAGUUUAUUAAAUAAUGGCUUGACAAUGCUUCACACAAAUGACUUUUCUGGGCUUACCAAUGCUAUCUCAAUACACCUUGGAUUUAACAAUAUUGCAGAUAUUGAGUCUGGUGCAUUUAAUGGCCUUGGCCUUCUUAAGCAACUUCAUAUCAAUCACAAUUCAUUAGAAAUUCUCAAAGAGGAUACCUUCCAUGGACUGGAAAACCUGGAAUUCCUCCAAGCAGAUAACAAUUUCAUUACAGUGAUUGAACCAAGUGCCUUUAGCAAGCUUAACAGACUUAAAGUGUUAAUUUUAAAUGACAAUGCCAUUGAGAGUCUUCCUCCAAACAUAUUUCGGUUCGUUCCUUUAACCCAUCUAGAUCUUCGUGGAAAUCAGUUGCAAACAUUGCCUUAUGUUGGCUUUUUAGAACACAUUGGCCGGAUAUUGGACCUCCAAUUGGAGGACAAUAAGUGGACCUGUAAUUGUGACUUAUUAGAGCUAAAAAUUUGGUUGGAAAACAUGCCUCCACAGUCUGUAAUUGGUGAUGUCAUCUGCAACAGCCCUCCAUUUUUCAAAGGAAGUAUACUAAGCAGACUGAAAAAGGAAUCAAUUUGCCCCACCCCACCACUGUAUGAAGAACACGAGGAUCCAUCAGGAUCGUUGCAUCUGGCAGCAACUUCUUCAAUGAGUGAAAGUCACGUGUCAACCAAAACCACACCUCUUUCAAAACCAACCACCAAAGCACCAGUUUUGAUACCCUAUAUUACAAAGCCAUUCACUCAACUCCCAGGACCCUACUGUCCUAUUCCCUGUAACUGCAAAGUACUAUCCCCAUCAGGACUUCUAGUACACUGUCAGGAGCGCAAUAUUGAAAGCUUAUCAGAUCUAAAACCUCCUCCACAAAAUCCCAGAAAGCUUGUGCUAGCAGGGAAUAUUAUCCAUACAUUAAUGAAGUCUGAUCUAGUGGAAUACUUCACUUUGGAAAUGCUUCACUUGGGAAAUAAUCGUAUUGAGGUUCUUGAGGAAGGCUCAUUUAUGAAUCUGACAAGAUUGCAAAAGCUCUAUCUAAAUGGUAACCACCUGACCAAAUUAAGUAGAGGCAUGUUCCUUGGUCUCCACAAUCUUGAAUACUUAUAUCUUGAAUACAAUGCAGUUAAGGAAAUAUUGCCAGGGACCUUUAACCCAAUGCCUAAACUUAAAGUCCUCUAUUUAAAUAACAACCUCCUGCAAGUUUUACCACCACAUAUUUUUUCAGGGGUUUCCCUAACAAGGAUAAACCUGAAAACAAACCAGUUUACCCAUCUCCCUGUAAGUAAUAUCUUGGAUGACCUUGACUUAUUGACUCAGAUUGACCUUGAGGACAAUCCCUGGGAUUGCUCCUGUGACCUGGUUGGAUUGCAACAAUGGCUACAAAAACUAAGUAAGAACACAGUAACAGAUGACAUCCUCUGCACUUCUCCAGAGCACCUGGACAAAAAGGAAUUAAAAGCACUAACUAGUGAACUUCUUUGCCCUGGUUUAGUCAAUAACCCAUCCCUGCCAACUCAAACUAGUUACAUAAUUGUCAGUACCCCUGCAACCACAACUACAGCCGAUACUAUUUUGAGAUCACUUACUGAUGCUGUACCACUCUCUGUUCUAAUACUAGGACUGCUGAUUGUGUUCAUAACCAUUGUGUUCUGUGCUGCAGGGAUAGUGGUUCUUGUUCUCCACCGCAGGAGAAGAUACAAAAAGAAACAAGCUGAUGAGCAGAUGAGAGACAACAGUCCAGUCCAUCUCCAGUAUAGUAUGUAUGGCCAUAAAACAACUCACCACACUACUGAGAGACCCACUGCAUCACUCUAUGAGCAGCACAUGGUGAGUCCCAUGGUUCAUGUCUAUAGAAGUCCAUCCUUUGGCCCAAAGCAUUUGGAAGAUGAAGAAGAAAGGAAUGAAAAAGAUGGAAGUGAUGUGAAACAUCUCCAAAGAAGUCUUUUAGAACGGGAAAAUCAUUCACCACUCACAGGGUCAAAUAUGAAAUACAAAACCACAGACCAAUCAACUGAAUUUUUAUCUUUUCAGGAUGCCAGUUCAUUAUAUAGGAACAUUUUAGAGAAAGAAAGAGAACUUCAGCAACUGGGAAUCACAGAAUACCUAAGGAAGAACAUUGCUCAACUCCAGCCUGACAUGGAGGUACAUUAUCCUGGAGCCCACGAAGAGUUAAAAUUAAUGGAGACUUUAAUGUACUCAAGGCCCAGGAAGGUAUUAGUGGAACAGACUAAAAAUGAGUAUUUUGAGCUUAAAGCUAACUUACAUGCUGAACCUGACUACUUAGAAGUUCUGGAGCAGCAAACAUAG